AUGACGAGUUCAGAAUCUCUUUUACUUGAAAACUCGCUUCGGCGUUUAUCACAAUUCAUAAAAGAAGCAGAAAAAUAUGAACAACAACAGGAAAAAGUUUCAUCACCAGUUAAGACUGUAGAAAAAUAUUCAGAAGAUAAUGAUGAAUUAUCAUUAAUUGAUGAUGCUGAACACUUUCAAAAUGUGGGUGUAUUUUUUGAAACGAAGAAACAUUUAUGGAAAACCUGGUCAGCAUAUGAUGAAGAUAAUAAACAGCUUUUAAAAAACAAACAAAUGUUAUUUAAACAAUUUAAUGAUCAGCGUUCAGCGCCAGUCACGCCAGUGUUUAGUACAAAGCGUCUAUAUGAUUCCGAUAUUGAUCAAACGCCACCUAACCUCGUUCUUCCUUAUGAAGAGGAAUACAUAACAAUGAUAUUAAGCAAACAAGAGCAAAACUCAAGACGCAAAAAUCAGUAUCAAACAUUUGAACAAUUAAAACGAUAUCAAUCCUGA